ACUAAUUUGUGCCUUUUCAUUUAAUGAUUUAGUUUAUGAAAUUCCUUCUGGGCAUCUAUUAGGAGAAUUUAAUGGACAUUUUAACAUUGUGUACUCUCUAUGCUGGUCAAAUGAUGAUAAAACCAUUCUCUCUGCAUCAUCGGAUGGUACAGUAAGGGUUUGGAAUACAGAAAACUAUCAGAGCCCAGCUGAAAAGAUCCUUCCACAUCCUUCAUUUAUUUAUACUGCAAAAUAUCAUCCAUUUGUACAGUGCCUUGUAGUUACAGGAGGUUAUGAUUCUAUCAUCCGUGUCUGGAAUAUAAAUGUGAAUGAAGUGAAUGGUCAGUUGCUUCAGGAACUUGAUGGUCACAAGAGCUUCAUUAACACACUGUGUUUUGAUGCUGAAGGGCUACGCAUGUUCUCAGGUGACAGUACAGGACUGGUUAUCGUUUGGAGUACUGUUGUAAAUCAAAGUUCCCCAGAAAACUUAGUUCAGCAGUGGACCAUUGCUGAGAAUAUAAUGCAGAAUGAUCUAAAAGGUGUUCCUAUAAAUCACCUGGAAGUUCACCCAAAUGGCAGGCGUCUACUCAUCCACGCCAGAGACAGCACUUUAAGAGUGAUGGAUCUAAGAGUAUUGGCUGCAAAGAAGUAUACAGGAGCUACAAAUUACCGUGAGCAGCUGUACAGCACAUUCACACCAUGUGGGAUGUUUCUUUUUUCUGGGAGUGAAGAUGGAAUAUGUUAUGUUUGGAAUUCAGAGACAGAUUUCCAGCAUUCGCAGUCCUGUUUUUCCACUAUAUCCAUACAAGUUUUGAAAAUGAUUGCAUUUCGAAAGCAAUUUCUCUUUUAUGGAAACAUUUUGAGAAUGGAAGAUUCCGUUGGGUUACCUAUUCAAUUUGAGUUAAUUUUAUGCAUUCGUGAUUUGGUUUAUAACAUAUUUAAUGCAUAUAUGAGCAACAAUUUUUCAACUGUUCAUUUCGUCUUUACCAAGUUGGAGUUUUUCAACAAUAUGGAUUCUGGGAGAAUCUUUCAAAAAGCUCUCGAGAAUGCUUUGGGAGAAGAACUA